AUUGAGUCAUCUUUCAAAAAGUCAAAACUAAAAAACAAACAAUUAUAAUUUAUGAUAAAAAAGUCCAAAAACGCUUCAAAAACUAUUAUAAUAAUAUUAUUGCAUAUUUCAUUUCCUAUUCUUGGAAGCUAAAGGAGGAAACAUUUUUUAAAUUUCAGAAACUGCUCGGAAAUUCUUUUUGACGAAAAAGGAGAUCUAAUAAUGACUGAUAUGAUAGUGGAGGUGGACAAAACAAGACCAAAUAUACGAAUAGAAAUACAAAACGAGAAAAUGGAUGUAGAUGAAAGUGAAGAGGGAGAGAUUGUGGAUGAUGAUUCAGAUAAUAACACUGCCAUAAAAGUUUCAUCUCAAAAUAUUGGAAAUGUACUUUCUACAAAACGAAGUGUGUUCACAACAGGAAUAAACAUUUUUGAUGAUCAUGAACAGAAAAAACGGCAAGAAAGAGCAAAGAGAUUUGCCCUGAAACCUGAAGAAAUACACAACUUCUCUGAAGCUGAUGUGGAAGAACUAUAUGAGAGUUUAGGAAUAACAGAUGAAAGUGACCCCAACAUCAGAUUUGAUGCUCUGCAUCUACUGGGAAUAGCAGGAUUGACUGCAGAAAAUAUUCUUGACUAUUUUGCAAAAUAUGCCCCAACAAGCUUAGAAUGGAUUGAUGCAGACAGUUGCAAUGUUUUGUGGAUGGACCAUGUUACAGCAGCUAGAGCUAUUUUCUAUACUUCCAAAGCUGUACGUGGCAUGCCAGCUAGAGAACAGGUCAAUACUUUUGCUAAAGAAUUCAUGGAUGAUGUAGAUAAUCCAGAAGAAAACACAGGUCAAAGCAUUUUGUUAAGGAAUAGGCAGGUGGAGUUGAAAAUUGAUGAUGUGCUUAAACCUAGCAAAAUAAAUCCCAAGAAUUCAGUUGAUAUAUCAGAGAUAACAAUUCCAAUACCUCCAGGCUAUUGGAGAUUGGGAGGAAAAUGCCCAAAAUCAAAUUGUUUAUUGAUGAGAUUUGCUCUGAGAACUGAUAAGAAACCUUAUAGAGCUGAAACAUUGGCAAAAUAUUACAAAAAGCUUGCAAAUUCUAAGAGUAUUAUAGAUGAAGGAAAGAAGAAAGAAAUACGUGGAAUUUUCGAAAGAAAUAAGGAAUUGAACGAUAAAAACCCUUGGGGCUCCUUGGCCAGAAACUGGGACCACGACGCCAAGUUCCGAGAACAAAUACCAAACCACGUGGAUGAGCCCCAAGUGGAAGUGAAAAACCCCAGCUUAUUAGUACGGCUAGGAAGAAAAAAAGUCGAAAUCGAACCGGAAGAUAAAGAAGAAGUGGAAGAGGAAGAAGCUGAAGAAAGUCCAGAAGAAUCACCGCCAAGAUCAAAAGGAAUUCCUCGGAUGCGCAUGUACGCUGAUGAGGAAGAAGAAAAGGUUAGAAGGAAAAAACUUUUACAGACCAUCAAAACGCAGUCCGACAAACUGUUCAGAGAGGAGACGAGACCACGCGAUUUAAGGAACAUCCUGUCAGUCACCAACUACAAGGAACCCGUGGAAAUCAUUGACUUGGUACUGGAGGAAGAUCUCGGUAAAAAGCUGAAAAAUCGCUCGAAACAUAUGGUGUAUUCUGUCGAACACGGAAUGGAGAAGGUGGAGCCAUACGAGCGUAAAGAAAAUGUACGCUCGGCUGACAUAAGGGCCGUACUUGAAGAGAGAAGGAUCCGAUCCCCUGAACACAGAAAACGAGAAUAUCGAAGAUCGCCUGCCGAAAGAAAACGGUCUAGGAGUCCCAUAAGACGGUACGCUGUCCCUGUGGGAAUGAGAUCGUCCCCUUCCAGAGAAAGAAGAAGAUUCCAGUACAGGGAUCGGUCUCCUCAUAGAACUUUACACAGCGACAGGAUGAGCGUGAGACGCAGAAAGAGAAAUACAAAUUAUUCCGAUGACGACAGUUUCACACACAAACCGAGAAGUAAAGUGGCCGUGGUGAUCAAAACGCAAAAGAAACCUACAGUCGCUUCGACGAUCUGGUCGCGCGUGCAACGCAAAGGCGGCGACGCAUCCGAGGACGGCAGCGAAUCGUCUAGCGGCAGCGAAAGCGCCAGCGAUUCCGACAGCGAAGCGGCUUCCGAAUCGGAACGGUCCGGCAGCAGCAGCUCGAGCGGAUCGGAAUCGGAGAGCGAGUCGUCUUCUUCUUCCGCGUCUUCCGUCAAGAAGAUCGAUCGGCCGGGGUUCAGGAGGGGGAAUGGGAUCGAUAGGAGGGACGCUUCCUUGAAGAUUACCAUGUCGAAUGAUCGAUACAGAAGAUGAGGAUCGUGUUUUUCGGGAUUUUGGUCGUUUUAAGUUGGAUUUUUGUAUAGGAAUGAGUUAAUUGAUUUGUGUAAUAAAGAUUCGUGGUGAUUCGCCAUUUUUGUUCUGUGUGUUUUUCUGUAUCCCCACUUGAACAGGUAAUUUACAGUAAAACUGGAAGUUGCUUUAUGUUU